CUUCCUGCCCCGUUCAUACUUGGCUACCCUUCUCCCUCUAUUUUUGCGGUUGGCAAUCCUCCUCCUUCUCCUCCGCCAUGGCCGCCUCUCCGUCCCGUUGUUUCCUGCUGCAGAUCGCCGCCGCCUUAUGGCUUUUCUCCCUUUUUAUUUGUGCUACCGCCAGGCCGUGCAGAACUUUCUUCAUCUCCUCCUACUCCUUCUCCCUCCGCCGCCCUUCCGACGAUUCAAACCCUACUCAAACCCUUACUACCUUCACCCACAUCAGAUCCUUCAUCCCGGUCUACGUCGUUUCCAAUACCAACGAUAAACCCUCAUUUAGCGCUGAGAUUUUCUUCGAUCGCGGCCUUCCUGCCCGCCCCGUUGAAAAGGAGCUGGAAAUUGAGCCACGUGCUUCGAAUUUGCCUGUCCCCUUUGGGUUUUCUUCCUAUGAUUUCAGCUCCCUCCGUGAUCGGACCAAGGACAUUCUAAGUGUUGUUGUGGCUUUGCUCUUCGGCGUCGGAUGUGGCGCCCUUACCGCUGCUACCAUGUAUUUGGUGUGGUCUCUGUUUGCUAACCGCUAUGAGUUUGGUUCUUAUGAUGAUUAUGUCGAUGAGGAUGAUAAUGAUGAUGGCGUCGAAAGCCCCAAGAAAAUGGGGUACGUAAAGAUUCCGGCAGCUGAGUCCGUGCCUGCACCAGCCAAAGAAGCAGUAUGAGAGUAGCUACUCAUGUAACCGACGUUUCGAGCGUGGGUCAAAUGAAUUGUCCUUGCGACCCUAUUGUGGAUUGUUAAUAAGCAUACUAUAAUCUAAUAGAAAACGGGCAAACUUAUGGUCUGUUCUAGUGUCUGCUAGUGACAUGAUUACUGUUCUGCUUAUGAUUCACGUACUAAGAUUCACGUACUAAGCACUGAAAUCUCGUCUGUUGUAUUUUUACUAUCAGUUCUCGUUGGGAUUCUUCCUUUCGAAUGCUAUUAGUCUAUAAUAUUAUAUAUCGACUACUUAUGAAUUAUGAUUAUCUCAAGUUUGGAUUUAUCAUAUGUGGGUUCCUGAAUUCUAUAUCAUCAAUUCAUUACAUUGUA